AUGGCGGACUCGGGUCACUCUGGUCAACCGACGCCGAAAUUCAAACGAUGUCGGACUGGCUGUCUGCGCUGUCGGGUGCGACGGCGGAAAUGCGACGAGGGAAAACCGAACUGUCAGAACUGCAUCGAUAAGAACUUGGUGUGUCAGUAUGGGUUGCAGGUGUCUUUCCUGGAGAAGAAUAUCUUUACGGUGUCGGCGCUGGAGCUACGGACGCCGAAGAAAGAUGCCGGCUACGAGAAGAUCCAGUUCGUGAAGGAAGACCCUCUCGCUUGCGCUACGGACGCGUCGACGGACGAGUCGCCCUCUCCCGUGCUGAGCCCGACUACGGAUUUUGCAGUCACACAGACGGAUAUACAAACUACACAACAAGUCAAUGAUGGGGAUACUCGCAAUGUAAAUGAGCAACAUGACAGCGAUGUCGAUGAGGACAUCAUAUUUCAUAAUCAUCAGCACUUGCCUUCGUCUGUUGAUCGCCUUUCCGACAAACAUUUUCAGUCUGGCACAGCUUUCAGCGACAGAGAUGAGUCCGCCGUACGUGGCCUGCUGGCAUUAGGGUCAAGCAAUAAUGUGAGCGAUAUGACGACCGUCACAGACACCACGCCUGGUCUGUCUGAUUUCGAUUCCAGCCUCAUAUUACCCCCCUUGAUGAGCACCUAUACAGCGGGCAAAGAAGGCCGGAAUCACAUGGAUAUUCCUUCAAAUGAUGCGGUACAAGGGCAUGCUGCGGUUAUGCUGGACCCCGAGCCCGCUAUCAACUACCUUUCUUUACCCGAGUCCGAGCGACUGGAGCUCUUACGUCAUUAUCGCUACCAUGUAGCUCCUUGGCUUGAUAUUUGCGAUAUGCGACAGCCAUUUGGUCUUAGUGGUCUUCAAUCGGCCAUGGGUUCCGAGAAGCUUCUUUCUACGCUAAUGCAACUUUCGAAAGCGUGUAUGAUUCAAAGCGUUCCUGAAAGGGGCUUUCUGGCAGACUUCACCGAGCCCCUAGCCAAUACUAGCGCGUGUGGUGAUUCCACUGAAGACUCCCUGCUAUACGUCCUCGAUGAAGUACGACAUCUCGUCUCGAAUAUUCCGAUGGCCUGGGAUAGAAACAGAUACCUCGACACUGUUCAUUAUUUGGUUCAAUAUGCGCAUGAUACGGAUAUAAAUGCAGCGAUGUACUGGCUGGCACUGCGAUUUGAUCUGGGAGCAGCGCUGGCGAACGAUAGAGCUAUUCAAUUACCACUUCCGAUGAGCCCUAUUCCUAGCAUAUCUUUGAUCUCUCAUUCAGAAGAUACCUAUGAGAGGAUCCGAUAUUACGCCCAUUCGAUAAUUUGGAUUACUGGGAAGGCCUUGAUUAUAUGCCAUACAGAAGACAUGUCUAAUCAGCUAUCUGUGCCACAUCAAUUGAUGGACAGUUGGUUACAAGUUUUUGAGGAACUGAAUCAAUGGUAUCAUUUGCGCCCGCUCGAAUUCCAGCCAAUGAUAGAGGUUGAGGGGGAUGACCAAAUGUUUUAUCCAGACGGCGGUUUCCCCCUUUUGCUAUUCGCAAAUGGGGCUGGUGCAUUCAGCAAUCAGUUGUACCACACAGCCAUGCUAUUACUGCUCCAGUCAAAACCGCGGACGGUCAUGCUGCACAACUCUCCAUCUCGGUUUUCGUCUCCGCUGUGGCAUGCUCAACAAAUUUGUGGUGUCGCAUUGAACAAUGAUCGCCGGGAAUGCUGGGAUCCCUGCUUGUUGGCGUCGUUUCUUAUCGCCGCUAGACUAAUGACUCACGAGUCUCAGCAGAAGGAGAUUUUGCAAGGAUUUGACCGUAUCAAAUUGCUAACUGGGUGGGAUGUUGGUGAAAAGCUGAUGCAGCUAUGUGAAGAAUGGUCAUUUUCCGAAGGUGGGUGCUGA